UUAGACUUCAGAGUAUGCGAAUUGGAGACUGGUCUUGCAUUUGAGUUGGUGAAAUUUCUGAAAUUUAGGAAUCAGGUGUGAUGGAGAUGUUUCUGUUCAUCAAGAAAUAUUGCAAGGACCAGGGGGGCUGUGGUUAGGCAUGGUCACAAAAAAAAAAGGGAGUGUUGCACGAUGUCAUUGAAAUCAAUGUCGUUAAACUGCAGUGUAAAAGGACUUACUUUCCCUAUAGGAAAUAUUUAAUUCAAUUCUGGAUUAGCUAGGCUUCUUUUCCUAAUUACUCGGAACAAUAUUGUUUUUGACACUUCACGGACUAGAAUUGAGCAUGUACUUUCAUCUUAAUAUACUUCCUCCUCCAUACUCGAAAAGAAAGUUAUUUUGGACAAUGUUUGAGUCAAAUAUUGGGAAUAUAAAUAAUGAAUACUUUUUAAGUUGUUGAGUUUUAAAAUGUGUAAAUUAUAUGAAUAAAUUUGUCUUGAAAAAUACUUUCAUAAUAAUAUACAUAUAUCACUUUUUGAUAAUUUUUUUAUAAGAAUAAGGAGUCAAAGUUAUGCUUUGUAGACUGUGUCGCUGUCCAAAAUGACUUUCUUUUCGAGUACAAAGGGAGUAUACUGCUAAUUGUGCUACUGUGCAAGAACUAGCCUCGGUUCUCAUGAGGACCUAUGAUCUGAUAUUAUAUUUAUUUCAUUUAAAUUAACUUCCUUUUUUUCUGAAUUUCUCAUCUUAUGUAGGUGAUGAGAGCAUGCACAAUUCAGCUGAUGAGGCCCUGCUAUUAAAGGUAAAUAAGAGUACAUCAAAUUCAAAUUUCUUAAACGAAUGAAACCAAACAUGGCACCAUGUACUGCUUUGCUUUCUGGCCAUCUUUGUGAUAUGUAUAUUCCUAAUGUAACUGCAGAGGAAAUCUGAAGAAGUUCUAUUCCACUUGAAUGGACAGUGCAUUUACCUAGUUGGUAAGCUCUGAACUUCCGAGACCUUCUGUUUGACCAAAAUUACAUAUUGGCUUGUCUUCGCCUCAGUAACUAGGGGUGUGUUCAUACUGAAGGAAUGAUGGGCUCCGGAAAAAGUACGGUGGGGAAGAUCUUAGCUGAAGUUCUGGGUUAUUCAUUCUUUGAUAGUGAUAAGCUUGUAGAACAAGCAGGCAUGCCUUCUGUUGCUCUAAUAUUCAAGUGAAGUGUUUUCAGAGAGAAUGAGAGUUGUGUCUUGAGGGAUUUAUCCUCAAUGAGGCGACUAGUUGUUGCAACUGGAGGUGGUGCUGUUAUUAGGCCAAUUAACGGGAAUUACAUGAAGAAAGGUCUAUCUGUUUGGUUGGAUGUACCUUUGGAUGCCCUUGCGAAGCGCAUUGCUCAAGUAGGGACUGCUUCUCGUCCUCUUUUAGACCAGCCAUGCAAUGAUCCAUAG